AUGAAAACGUCAAUUCCAUGCAAUUUCAUAUUUUUAAAAUUUGUCAUGACAUGCUUAACAUGCAAAUUUUUUUUUACCUAAUACUGUUUUUAUUUUAUUUUCAACUUAAAAGUUAGAAAACAUAAAAUAAUUCAAAAGCUAUGAAGGGUAUCAAACAUCAUAAAUCGAGCAAAUCAAAAGAAACCGAUCUUGAAUAUUCUUUGGCUUUGGUUGUACCAAGUACGGUUCUUGCUGGUAGACAAGAAGUAUGUGUUGCAGUUUUUAAUUCAAAUAUACCUGAAAAUGUUGAAUAUCACAUUAAACUGACAUCAACAAAGAAAAGCACAUUUAUUAAAGCAACUAGAGUAAAUAACUCAGCAAUAACAUUUGUUACACCAGAAAACUUUCCACCUGGGAGUUCUCAAGUCUCUAUAUAUCAAGGUCCUGGACAACAUUUGAUUUGUAAUUAUGAUGUUCCCAUUAUGUUUAAUUCCAAACUUGAUUUUAUUAAGAAUUUAUUGGAACUCAACACAGAUGCUUCUGUUAUUGGUGAUGCGUUUGAGCUAAAAGAAUGUACUUCUACUGUAGAUAUUUUGUUGGACAGAUGUUUCAAGUUGAAUAUUACUCCAAAUUUUAAUUUGCCUCAAUACCACCAAACUGAUCAAAAUAAAAUUUCAAACCCAGAUCUCUCAUCAUUUUAUGUACCCACUUUACUACAUUUUGCAGCACACUAUAAUCUUGUAAAGUUUAGCAUAGCACUUUUAAAAUGUCCAGGAGCAGCACAAUUACUUGUGACUAAAAAUUAUAAAGGAUUAACUCCAAUGGACAUAGCAGCUGCAAAUGGUCAUUUAGAAUUGACAGGUGUUUUGGUAAGAAUGAAAUUUUUGUAAUAUUUAAGAUCAAAAAUAUUAUUUAAGAUCAUAAAUACUAUGUUUAUGUAAUUAGACUUAUUUUAAAAUACUUUUUUUUAAACAGUAGUUUGUUGUAGAUGUUACGAAUUUUUGCUAAGUCUUAAUUUUUACAUAUUACACGUGAUUUAUAAAUCAAGAGCUGCUUAAUAAGAUUACAAAUC